CAUUCAAACCCCCACGCUAUUCUAUUCUAAUUUCACUGUGUCGCACAGAGAGAGAGAGAAUUUGUUUUUUCUUUAGAGAGAGAAAGAAAAAGAGAGAUAAUGGAGAAGCCAGCAACAACCGCCUCUGUGAUGGAGGCAUUUGAAAAAUUAGAGAAAGUAGGAGAGGGAACAUACGGGAAGGUGUACAGAGCGAGAGAGAGGGCAACUGGAAAUAUCGUCGCUCUCAAGAAGACUCGUCUCCACGAAGAUGAUGAAGGAGUCCCUCCCACCACACUCCGCGAGGUCUCAAUCUUGCGUAUGCUAUCCAGGGAUCCUCACGUCGUCAGAUUGAUGGAUGUCAAGCAAGGCCUGAGCAAAGAAGGGAAAACAGUACUGUAUCUGGUUUUUGAGUACAUGGACACUGAUCUCAAGAAAUAUAUUAGAAGUUUCCGCCAAACUGGAGAGAAUAUUCCUGUGAAAUUUGUCAAGAGCUUGAUGUAUCAACUGUGCAAGGGAGUUGCUUUUUGCCAUGGGCAUGGAAUCUUGCACAGGGACCUUAAGCCUCAUAACCUGUUGAUGGACAGAAAAACAAUGAUGCUUAAGAUUGCAGAUCUUGGACUUGCUCGUGCAUUUACUCUCCCCAUCAAAAAGUAUACUCAUGAGAUAUUGACCUUGUGGUACAGAGCUCCUGAAGUCCUCUUGGGAGCCACACACUACUCAACUGCAGUGGAUAUGUGGUCCGUCGGAUGUAUAUUUGCUGAACUGGUUACAAAGCAAGCACUUUUCCCCGGGGAUUCCGAAUUGCAGCAGCUUCUGCAUAUUUUUAGGUUGUUAGGUACCCCAAAUGAGAAGGUGUGGCCAGGGGUGAGCAAACUGGUCAAUUGGCAUGAGUAUCCUCAGUGGAGUCCUCAGAGUCUGUCAACAGCAGUUCCUAAUUUGGACAAGGAUGGGUUGGAUCUAUUAGCACAAAUGUUGCAAUACGAGCCCUCAAAGCGUAUCUCAGCAAAGAAAGCUAUGGAGCAUCCCUACUUCGAUGAACUGAACAGGGCCGUUCUCUGAAGAACCACAUCAUUUCUGAAGAAAAAGCUAGUUGGCAAUCUCGUUUAAACAAUGGAAGUUGUGUAUUGAAAAUCUGUUUGCUUCCCUCGAGCAUAAUUCCGUUACGUUUUGUUGUUUCGUGUUGACUGAUUAAUUAUGCAAUUUGUUGACUGAUUAACUAUGCAAUUUAAUUUGAAGAGCAAGUUCCACA